AUUUUUUAAAUCUUUCAAAAUCAUGUGAACUUUUUACGUGUGCUGAAGUUAUGAAAUUUACACAAAAAAAAGGUUCUAGUUCUAGGCCUUUGGAUCUAAAUAAUGAUAGACAAGCAGUCACUCUGAGAUGAAAAACACAAAUCUAAAAUUUAAUUUAAUUUUUUUAAUUCCUUGUGACACUUAUGUAUUUUCUCUUUAAACAGGAAAUCAAGCUGGCUUGUAUAUUUUGGGGUUUCACUAAGAAAAUAUAUAUGAAAUAGUUAGCCCGACCCUUUCCUCAAAUGGCAUCCAUAUCCAAGCAAGGAAAGUAUAAUCAAAUAAACACACCUUUGAACAGAAGUUUAAAUGAAAUUUUUGGGGGGGAUAGUAAAAUGAACGAUAGUGAUUUGGAGGAACAGACAAGCUCUUCAUCUUCUGACAUGACUGGUGAUUCGGAGUACAGUGAGGAUGAAGAAAUGGACAUAAGUAAAAAUGAUCAGCUCAGAAAGGAAAAACUAGACUUCCAAUUGUCUUGUUUACACCACCAAGAGGAAGAAGCAUUAGAAUCAUCUUUCAAAACGUAUUUAGAAGAUACAGUUGAUAAAAAUUUGGAAUCAGGACCUGUUUUACCCUUGCAAGGGUUCUCAAAAGAUUUUACUCCCUGGUGGGUAGAAUUUACUAAGUCUCAUAAGUAUGGUACAGCUGCAACCAAAGGAUCCGUCUUAAAAAACAAAGGUCAGUUUCAUGAUUUUAAUUUUUAAAAAUAUAUAGUACAUGUUCCUUCAUUCUUUUAGGACUACAUCUAAGGUUUCCAAGAAUUCUAAGUUCCAGGCAAAAACAAUAACAUCAUUUAUUAAUUGAUUUUUGUUGUGUGCCAAAUUACUCAAAUACUCUUCUAAAUUACUCUCACUUAUAUCUUGAGCAUGAAGAAAGUAUCCUAUGUGUAUAUAAAUGUUAUCCCAGUAAUCAAACUCUAGUUGGUGACAAUCCCCUUUCCAAAUUAGAAAUUUAUACAUUUCAAGUUACGAAGGCAUUUAAAUCAGAACAUCUAUUCUUGCAAGGCUUAAAUGAACAUAAUAUGGUAUUAAUCUAAAGCUGCCUCACAUGUUGGGAGCUUUCCAGGACAAGUUUGUCAUACUUGAUGUACUGAUGCAUUGCCAAGUUAAAGAGAUUUAUAAGAAACAUACAUAUGGACACCCGAGGAACAACAGCCGGAUACUUUCUAAGUGAGACCCAAGACUCACAACCAAUAGGCACUCUUUACAAUCAACCACUUCAGUAUCUUGCAUAUGCUGAUGACAUAGCACUGUUAGGGAAAAGUAGAAGGGAAAUAUCAAAACCCAUUAUUGAAAAAGUAAAUCAAUUUAAAUACCUAAAACACAAGGAUCUUUAUCAAAUGAAAAUAAUGAACUACUAUCAGAAAUAAAAGAAAGAAUAUUGGCCAGAAACCAGGAAAAUGUCAGUAAUCAGAAAAUACUCAAAAGUAAAAACUAUUUAUAAAACUGUAAUCUGACCUGUUAUAACAAAAAAUGGCAGAAAACCUAUUAAACACAUGAGAGAGAAAAUUGCUCCGGAAAAUAUAUGGACCAACAAAGAAUGAAUAUGGAUGGAGAAUUAUAUAGUCUAUAUCAGGAUCCCAUACUAGUAGCCGAAAAAGGGUAGGCUACGCUGGGCAGGACACUUAGACAGGAUGCCAAAUGACAGAGGAAUGAAUAGGGUACACCACCAAAACCCCAGAGGAAAAGGUCUCGAAGGCAGACCUAGGCUUAGAUGGACAGAUGAUGUGCAAAAAGGUUUACAACAACUGGGAAUCCAAGCAUGGAAAAGAAAAGCAUUAGUUAGGUCUGAGUGGAAGGAAGUGGUGAGGCAGGCCAAAGCCCCACAUGGGCUGUAGAGUCACAGAGAUGGAUGCAAAAGAAUGCAUUUCCACUUUUAUGGUUAAUGCCAAAAAAGCUUUGAAUCAAGCUAGUUUAUGGUUUGGUUAAUUCUGUACAAAGAUACUGCUGUGUGGAGAGUUGGCAGAAGGUACAAGACUUCUUGGACGGCCAUGCCUAAGAUUUAUGGACGUUUGCAAAAGGAGCAUGAGGGAAGCCAACAUUGAAAUCAACAAAUGGGAGAUCAUUGCUGCACAGCGUUCCAGCUAGCCAACAGCAGUGUAUGAAGGAGUCAAAAAGGCAGAAGAUGCGCGGAACGAAGCCCUUGCAACAAAAAGAACAAUACGGAAGGCAAAAUCUUACCAGGAAUCAAUAUUCUCCUGUGAGAAAUGCAGUCGAGAUAGUCAUUCCAGGAUUGGCCCAGUGAGCCACGCUUCGAAGUGUAGGACUACAUAGCUACUCCAUCAUCUUGCGAAGACUGAAGAAUGUGAUAUAUACAUAUAAUUCUGUACACCUUUAUUUUCUACAUUCAUUCAAGUAUUAUAAGUGCACCAAAUAGAUGAGGCAGAAAUAAAAUUGUGUUAAAAAACAGACUUUCUGGUUUAUAUUUUCGUAAGGGUUUUUUUUUAUAUGUUACUGGUGAGUAGGAUUGUUAUAACUUAACUUCCUUACCGGUAGUUAUAGAAUUUAAAAAAACAAACAAUGUUAGCAGCUGUAUCACCUUGUUAAUAUGAAGAAUGCUGUUAUUGUCAGUACGGAUAACUGUUAAAAUAAAAACCUCGAGUGAUGAAAAUAAUAUUGCAUCUGAACAUAUUUUGAUGAGAAUAAAUUCUGGAAGUUGUUUCUAUUUACUGUAUAAUUAAAAUGUCUGUCUACCAAGUCUAGAUUUUGUGCCAAAAGUAAACUCACAUCUAUGAGUAUACAAAAACAACUCAUCCUAAUGUGAACAUGGAAUUUAUUAUUUAUAUAAUUUUAUUAAUUUUUUUCCCUUUCACUAUCUUAUUCUGCUUCUUCCACUUGUGGCUAACUUUUUUAAAUUUCCCAACUAAAUGUAUUCUUUCAAGGUAAUGACUCAUAUUGCAGUUGGUUUAGCAAGUCCCCAGAAAAUGGAACCCACUGGCUUUGUGGACCUUGGUAAGAUAGGACUUGAAGAAAUUCCUUUUUUUUUUUUAAAGUUUGUAAAUAAUUUCCUAGGUGUCUAUUACCUGACAUUUGUGUGAAAAAAGUUUGUAAAUAAUUUCCUUGGUGUCUAUUACCUGACGUUUGUGUGGAAAAACUAUUAAGCUUGAUAAAAUGCAACAAUAAUUUUCAUUGUGCCUUGAACAAAUCAUAUUUUCUUAAGGACAUUUUUGCAAACUUUUCUCCCUUUCUCAGACACUUUGGACCUGUGCUUGUUUGAAUGUGAAAACUGAACAUAUUUAGUUCAACAAUCGAAACACAUUUGUUUGUUUGUUUUUUUAUCUUUGGGUGUAUAUUUUUUAAAUAUAUUAUUCAAUAAGUUAUUGUUUAGCAGUAUUUUGCUGUGAUUACAAUUUUAAUUUCUUCCCUCUCAGCCCUCCUUCUUCCAGUGCAUCACUAGAGAAAAAGUCAAAUGUGGAAGACAUAGUAAGAUGAUAGUUUCAUUAUCACUGCUAGUGUAAAUUUAUCAAACUGAAAUAGAAAAAUUUAACUCUCAAAAUUUGCUUGGGUGGGUGUCCUGGAUACUAAAAUUUUGGGGUUGCCCUGAGCUCCGAAAAUAAUGAUCUUUUAGGAGGGAAAAAGGCUACCGGUAGUAAAUCAAAAUUAUAAAAAUUUCUAUAAUUGGAAACAUUAAAAAAUUAUUUAUAUUCUAUUAAUAUUGAGUAUUAAUAUCAUCUUAAAUAUUUUAAAUGAUAGGUUACAAGUUUCUUUUAUUUUAAAAUAGGAAGUGCCGUCUAUUUAUGAUAAGAAACCACCACCCAAGGGACGAAGAGCCCUCAAGAAAGAGAGAAAGGUAAGUCUGUCAUCCAAUUCCUUGGGAUUUAAUCAUUCAUUAAGUUAAAUGUUGGUCUUAUACUGUCUUAUACUAAUAUUUAGUAAGUGAUAUUUUAAAAAUAUUAUAUUUUUGUCAAAUGAAGCUUUACAACAAAAGUGCAAGAUUUAAUUUUCAGUCCGGUUUAUAUAUUUACAUAUUGAUAUAUCCUUUAGUGUGGGCUAUUAAAUAUGAAAAUGUUAAUUAUCAAUUUAAUUUUUCAUCUAGGCUGAAAAAGAAAAGACUUUGGGUGCCAAAUGGUUUGGAAUGAAAGCACCUGAUGUUGAUGAUCAACUAAGGAAUGACAUGGAAAUUAUCAGAAUGCGUGGUGUCCUUGAUCCCAAAAGAUUUUACAAAAAUCAUGACCGAAAGGCAUUACCAAAGUACUUUCAGGUGGGUAAUUAUAUAUUUAUGUUAAUGAAGAUAUUAUUACCAAAUAAUGUCUAUUAUUCUAUUAAUUCUAUUACCAAAUACUGUUUAUAUCUGAAUAUUUGAAAUGUUUAUUCCUUUUUAUCAUGAAAUUUGUACUUAACUUUCUAUUAACUAACACCAUUCUUUACUAUAAUAUAUUUCUAAUUAAGGGUGCUGGUACUAGCUAUUUCAAUAUUCUUAUGAAACUACCCUUAUGUACUUUUUAAAAAAUUUAAACUCUUUGCUGCAUUGUCUUAAAAUAGGGUUUUAUAAAUGUAGUUUGGUUUUUUUUUAACCAGAUGGGAACAGUUAUGGAUGAAGGUACAGAAUUUUAUAGCAGUCGCCUUACAAAGAAGCAAAGAAAACAGACAUUGGUGCAAGAACUUAUGGCUGAUGUUAAUAUAAGACAGUGAGUGGUCAAAUACUAGUUUUCAUGAUUUCAUGUUACAGCAAUUUUGCAAAUUUUUUAAUAUUUUUUAUCUACAUAGCACAUUUUGUAAUAAUUCUUAUGUCCUCUUACUGCUUUAGCCCAAUACAGGCAAUGGCAGUUCAGCCUUGCUUAUGGCAUAAUUAAACUUGAUGGUGUGUUGAUUUUUUUGUGUUUAACUGUUGGCUGUUGAAAAAAUUGAAAAAUCUCUGUGUCGAAAUGAGCAGUCUUUGACAAAAAUAUAAUGGUAAACAAUUGCUUUCUUAACUAUUUGUAAGUCAACCAUACAGGAAAGUAGUGUAGUAGUCAUAUUAUAUUGUGCACAGCAGAGAACUAAUAAUUCACACAUUUUUUUUUUAUUAUUGCUAUGUCAUAGUGACAUCUUGUGGUUAUAAAUUGCUAAUUGUUACAUCAAGUAACAAUAAUGUGCAGGUAUAAUUCUAAUGCAGAAAUUGUGUUUACUGACAUCAUACCAUAAUGUUCAUGUGGCUUUUUUUUUUUUUUUUUAAAUAUUGAAAUUUUUUUUUUUCAUUUCAAAAACUUUCCUUUGUAGGAAAGUAAAAUUUGUAGUGCUGACUUGUUACUUCAUAUAAAACUAUUUAAUCAAGUGUCAGUUUCAUAAUUUAAAUUCUUGCAAUUUUUUUUUUUUUUUUUUUUUUAUUUUUUUUUUUUUUUUUUUUUUUUUUUUUUUAAAUAUUGAAAUUUUUCUCUUUCAUUUCAAAAACUUUCCUUUGUAGGAAAGUAAAAUUUGUAGUGCUGACUAGGUACUUCAUAUAAAACUAUUUAAUCAAGUGUCAGUUUCAUAAUUUAAAUGCUUGCACCUUUAGCUCUCUACCAUAGUGAAAUAGUCUCUUUUGUAUGGAAUCUUUUUUACUGAAUUUAAAUGUUCCUCUAUUUCUUUAUUAUAGGUAUAAUAAGAGGAAAUAUGCAGAGCUACAACAAAAAAUGCGAGGAAAACAAAGAUCUAAACCCAGGCCAAAAAAGACCUAAAAGACUAUUGAACAUGUUCAAUCUGCACUUGUUGGUUCUUGAUGUUAAAUUUAAUUUAAAAAACAAAUUAAAAAAUCUUUCCAAUCUUUGUUACUUAUUAUCACUGUUUUUGGCAGGUAAAAAUUUAAUUAAUUAAAGCAUUUUGCAAAUUUAUGUAUCAUAAUUUUGUUAACUCCCUGAUUGCAAAAGUAAUGAAAUUUCAGUGUGUUUCUAUAAUCCUUAACCUCAUUAAAAACCAAUAAUUUAGGCCAAAGUGGUUUGAAAAUGC